CUCUUCUUCGUUGUCCAUCCUUCAUCCCCCAUCCUUCUUUCUCCCUAUAUAGUACUUUCAAGAAUGUCCGCCCCUCCCCCAUCCCUACCCCAGUCCACCCAAAACUCAGCAGCCCCCUCUCCCGUCCCGAGCCACACACCCACACCGCCUACAACCCUUAACGGCCUGCCUCGUCCCGUUCCCCCCGCCGCCGCAGGACCUGCAGGACCCGCAGGAGCCGUAGGAGCUGGAGCUGGAGUUAACGCUUCGAUUCCUGGCGCUGCUCAAGGUAUGCAGGCUGUGAGACCUUUGAGCGCUGGUACCGUAAGUGGUGGUGGUGCUGGAGUAGGAGCGGGAGCAGGAGCAGGAGUAGGCAGCGUACGUGCUCCCCUCCCUGCGGGUCAGUUCCAAAGAACCUUCCCUCCCUCUACUCCUUCUACCCAAGGAGUUCCUUCUGCUUCUGCUUCAGCAUCUGCAACCGGCGCCAGACCUCCCGCUCCUUCCUCCGCACCAUCCCUACCCCAUUCCCAGGGCCAGGGCCAAGCACAAGCUGGAGGAGGAUCAGGAAAUGCCAACCCAGGCCCCAGUACACCAUCAGCAGAAGACAAUUUCUGGGCCGCCAGGCGGGAGGAAGAAGUUCGGAGGAGGGAUAGGAGUUUGGGAGAGUUGUUGGUCAUGUUGGAUGGGUAUACGCCUUUGGUGCCAGAAGAAGUGACGGAAUACUUUUUACAGAAAUCUGGGUUUGACUGCUCUGAUCCUAGGCUGAAACGGCUCUUAUCACUCGUCUCCCAGAAAUUCAUCUCAGACUUGUCCAAAGACGCAUUCUACUACUCCAAACUGCGCGUUAAUGGGGCGCCUGGGGCGAGGGGAAGGCCUACUACUGGUACCGACAAGAAUAGGGUGGUAUUGACGAUGGACGAUUUGAGUCUCGCUUUGGGUGAACAUGGGGUGAAUGUGAAGGCCCCGGAUUACUAUAUUUGAUUUGUAUGAUGAAUGAGAGGAUGACGAUACGGGCGUAUGUAAUAUUAUCGGACGUG